UGCUUGUCGCUUCCGGUAAGAUGGCGGCACACAUCUGAGGGGCUGGUCCGGCUCCAAUCCCCGGAUCCCUCUCCCUCUCCCUCGCUGCCCGGGAAGGGUUCACGAUGUGGACUCAGUGCCGACCGCUCCCGCUCCUCCUCCUCCGGCCGCGGCCCGGUCUCUGGGUCCCCGCCCGGGGCCGCAAGUCCCGCACCGACCCGCCGGCCAAAUCCAAGGCCGACCGCCUGCGGGUCCCCACCCCGGUCGACCCGGUGGAGCUGCUGGUCGUGAAGGAGCGAUACCGGCAGCAUGUGGGCAUCAUCGGGGCCCUCAGGGCCGAGUUUAAGGAGGAAAUGUUACGGAAGCGUUACGAAGAGGAGGUGGGCUCGCUAGCAGAGGAACGAGCAAAGCUAGAAUCUGAAGAACAUCAGAAGUUAAUGGCUUUCAAUAAUCUGGAGAAUGAAAGACUCAGAAAAAUUCGGGAGGAACGAAUCCAGCGAGAGGCAAAAGAGGAACAGGAGCAGAAACUCCAGGCGGCCAUUUACAGAGAAAAGAAAAGGGAUGAGUUCCUCAAGCAGAAGGAGCAGGAGGUGCUGCAGCUGCAGGAGGCAGUGAAGAAUUUCAUCACACUAGAGAACUUAGACCAACGAAUAGAGGAAGCUCUGGACAAUCCGAAGAAUUAUAACUUUGCCAUCGACGAGGAGGGCAGGUUCAUAAGGAGGACUGUGAAGCAGUAGGCCACAGCCGGCUCGUCAGAAUCCCGCCUUGUACCGCCAAGCCCCCUCCUCCCGAGCGAGGGUUCAUUGACCUGUGGAUUUGGGACGGGAAGGUGGCAGAAGCCUUUAGACAGUAACAAACCAUCAACAACUUGAUCAGCACACACCUCCUGUAGUUUAGUUUGGCUUGGUUGAGGUAGCAGAGCCCUCAUUGCUCGGUAAUUCAGCAAGAGUGGACGUCUUCAGGAAAACAGCGGUGUUAGUUGGUGACGAGAGAGCACAGAUGGUAAACUCAUGCCUUUUCCAAAGAGUAUUAUGCAGUGUCCUAAAUUGGAAUUAUCCAUUGUGUACUGCUUCAUAACAGCUGUUUCCAGGGUGCAUAUCACUGAGUUUCUUCACAAUGUAGUCAGUCGAUUCACUUGUAAACUCCCGAGUGUUGUGCUCUGCAGCUUACGAUAUAAUAAGGGGUGAGGUAUCAAUAAAUAAACUUUAAUAAA